AUGGCCAUCGCACUCUCCAUUGUCCCACCAAAAGGUUUCAACGCUGCAGGUCGAUUCUGGCCAUUCUCCGGUCAUCUAGGCUUGACUCCCGUCUCAGUAUCAGGCAUCGUAAGAACCAAACUAGAUCCUGAUGCUCCCUCUUCGAGUACCACUGGUGGAUCCGCGAUGACCAUUGCACUCAAAUGUUAUGAAUCCAGAUUAGGAAGGGUUGGCGUUAUUAGGACCAAUGUGUUGUAUGAGCAACAAGUCGUUCUGUGGUCUGCUGCUGCUGUUACUGCUGGAAACACUGUUGGUUCCAUCGCGUCUACUCCUAUUGCCCAUACUUCUCUGGCGUCUAUUUCCAAUUCCGCAUCUGGAUCGAUGCCAAGUCCUAUUUCAAAUUCGACGGCGGCGGGCGCUAGUACGGCUCAUACGGAGAUGAUCCCGCAGGGAGACUUUCCAUUCAACAUCAUCAUACCUCCUAACAGUAGUUCAUCCACCGGCUUCAGUUCGUGUCAUUUGCAAUCUUAUCGCGUCUUUUGGCGUCUUGAAGCCAGUGAGUGA